AUGGUGAGCUAUGUCAAGAGCCUCCCAGGGCGCCUGGCCUCCGUAAAGGCUGGGAAGCCACCCCUGCAGAUGCAUCAGCAGCCCUUGGCCAAGGAGGAGGCCCAGGAGGAAGGCCGGAGCCUGUUGCAUCCGUCAGCUACUGCUGUGAAACAAACACCCACCAAACCUCCGUGCUUGAGGAACCAGAAGCAUCGCUUUCUCACGGGUCUCCGGGGUCGGCUGAUCUUGGCUGGGCUCAGCCAGGCUGCUCAGCCACCAGCUGCCCACCCAUCAGGGGUGACUCACGGUCAGAAAGAGGCACAGACCCCCUCCCCACGGAAAGCAAGGCCCUGCUGUGAGCUCUCCUGGGGCAGGCUGAGGACCAGACCCCGCUUCGCUUCGGGCAGCAGAGCUGCGCAGGGAGGACGUAGACACCCUGUCUGCAUCUCGACUGGAACAAAUCUGAUAAUGGAGACACCGAGGAGGGAAUGUCGAAUCGUGCAGGAAUGUCUCCAAGGACAAAUUCUCCCAGCAGAGAGAAUGAAGAUAAGCAAAUUAAAGGGAAAAGAUCUGUUUGAUGGCCCUGAACGACACAGAGCAGGCAGCUGGGGAGUGGGGGAGGGUGGGGCUUCAUUUAAAAGGUGGCCAGAGAAGGUGUGGCUGAGCAGCUGGAUCUUAAAAGCUGCCUGA